ACUUGGCAGAAGACUUCAUUCAUCAUUCCGUUAUCCCAAACACUGACUUAGGGCACCUACCUAGGAGGUCUGUGCGGUCCAUUUAGCACAGUAACUGGUAGCCAUGGAAACAAGUCAAACAGAGUCUGUCCCAUCUUGCACGGGUACUGAAGCAUAGAAGUACAGUAGAGUUGGUUCCGGCGCAAUUAUAUUGAUCUCCUUCGGGCGGCAAUAUCAGGCUGUAUAGAAAUUCAGUACUAGUACCAGUGGGAAUCGAUGCUCCUUCACGGUUUGUAAACCUUGUUGUGGUCCUCGAGUAGUUAAUUAACAGCACUGUUACCCUGGACUUGUCUGCCUGAGAGACAUUAUUGCCUUAGACUAUUACACCUGCUCAUAUUUUCCGAAAAUUUUUGAAGACGACCGUAACCUGUUACAGCUUCGGAAGACAGAUGCUGUGCCUUCAUGGCUAAAGUAAAUGCACCACAGCCUCCCCCGGUCAAAAAUGUACUGAUGUACCGCAAUGGAGACAAGUUCUUCGUCGGCAAAAAGUUUGUUGUCUGCCAUCGGCAGGUGUCCACAUUUGAGACUUUCCUAACACAGGUGUCACGAAAUAUAGAUGCCCCAUUUGGCGCGGUGAGGAACAUAUACACUCCCCAGUGGGGACACAAAAUAAACGAUCUUGCUGGACUUCAAAAUGGAGAGAAGUACGUCGCGGCAGGUGCAGAAAAGUUUAAAAAAAUGGAUUACCUGGGUAUAACCACAUCAAAGCCACAGAGAAGGAAGUCUGUAGAGAUACGACCAGUUGUUCACAGCAAAAUCGUUGCUCCUGCGAGGUGGAAGAAAUUUGUGCAUGAGCCAUAUACUAUUAAUGUUUUCACUAAUGGAGACCUGCUAAGGCCACCUGUUAAAAUACUUAUACCAAAAUACAUUGAACAAGACUGGGAACGGAUUCUGUCCAUGGUGACAGAAAAGGUUUAUCUUCGUACAGGGGCUGUUCAAAGGUUAUCUACAGUGGAUGGCCAUUACUUAACAGGCAUUGCUGAAUUAGAAAAUAACCAGUAUUAUGUUGCCGUGGGGUCAGAGAAGUUUAAAAAAAUGCCUUAUUUACAGUGGCUGUCUGGCAAAAGUCCACAAGAUGCUCAAGGGGUAUCAGACAGAAGGGUAGCCCUGCAACUGAUUGACAGCCAACGAAAUCUGUUUAAGAGUACAGAGUGGCGAGUCUGCAGACUUGAAAGAUUGCAUUAUGAGCUGCUGCCACCAAUGAGGAAGGGCAAAAGGUCAAAAAACGAUAGUUUCUCUAAUGAUGGUACCAGUGAUUCUGCUCCAUUACCCUCCCCACAUCAGGUCAUGGAGACUCACGCACAUGCUAUGAUACAGGAGCUUAAAGGAUGCAGCCCCAUGUUGGACACAGCACCAGGAAAGGCUAAGCAUUAUAGAAAGGUCUCUUCAACAUCCCCUCUUCCAUUACCUGACAAUGAUGGGUGGAAUUUUAAGGCCCCUGAGAUCAGGAAAGAAGUGAGGGGAGCCACAGAAGUGGAGGAAGACACAAAUCUGAAGUUAGACCUGCCUGUUGACCAGCUUCCAGCUGAAAUAGUCACAGAAGAAGAACUGCCUCCUCACCCUCAGAAGAAUCCUGCACCUGUACCACAUUGGAAGAGAAAGCUUCAAAGUCACAAUGAGCUGAACGAUCACGACAUACAAGAGGCUGUAAAAGCUGACAUUGUCCAACAUAUUACCAUUCACCAGAAAGAAGGAAUGUCAAAUAAUAAUGACUAUUCUGUAAAUAAUGCAAAUACCCUACAUCCUUUUGAAACAGAUUCAAGUCUCCCUUUACCUAGUUCUCUAACAUCAUUUGUCAGUGAAGUACAACAUCAGUCUGGAUUAGAUAACGUGAGGACACACAGUGGAAUAGAAAAGGCGUAG